AUGAGAGUGGAGUUUACAGCUUCCUUCAUGAAAGUGACCGAAUUCGGGAGGGUCCUCGGGGUACGGGGAUUGCUUGUAAAAGCACCGGAACAAGCCCCAGGGGGAUGCAAACGCAGGACCUGCGCACCCGGAGCGACCCCCUUAGAACCUAAUCACGAAGAAACCACUUGGCCACGCAUACGUCACGAGCAGGAUACUGCAGCAGCAACACCAGGUGCCGCAGCAGCAACACCACCUGCAGCAGCAACACCACCACUUGCAGCAGCAGCAACAGCAGCAGGGGGGGCUGUAGAGGCUCCUUUGGACUUUCCUUCGGGAACUCCCAUUGCCUAUCUCCUGAGCAGCAAUGAGGCCUCUGUUGAUGUUGCUGCAGCAGCAGCUGCAGCGCCUCUCUCUUCAGCACCCCCGCCAUCUCCUUCGGGGGAGUUCCCCGCGGCUCUUGUGGCGCAUGCACUACGUCAACGGGCAGCAGGAAAGCCUUUAGACAUGGAGCCCGGCCAGAGCAGCGGCCCCCUCCACCACAGCAGCAACACCUCAGACGAUGCGGUAGCAGUGAGAAGGAGCAGCAAGAGCAGCGAAAAGAGGUCUCAGGCUGCGCUCGCAUGUGCUCCUGUCAUUAGCUCAAACAGUAGUACUUCCGCUGAAGGCAGUGCGUGUGGUGUGAGCUGCGCCUGUGGCAGUAACAGCAGCAGUAACAGUAACAGCAGUAACAGUAACAGCAGUAGCAGUAGCAACAACAACAGCGGCAGCAGCAGCAGUAACAGCAGCAGCAGCAGUAGCAGUAACACCAAUAGCAGUAACAGCCUAUUCCGCUGCGCCGUCCAGCUGCUGGAUGUCUGCGGGUCGCUUGGCGGGGCAUGUGUGAUGGAUCUCAAGAUGGGCAAGCAGAUGCACAGUGACCAGUGCAAAGAUCCGGAGAAGAUCAAACGCAUGCAAAUCAAAGCGGAAAACAGAGAGGCCCCGUCUCUGGCUUCGCCUUCUGCUCCCCGUGAUCUUGCGGCUGCUUCUGAAGCGAGUGCGGACGGAUUGGCAGCAGCAAACAUGCUGCAACGCCAGGUACAGCAGCGGCAACAAGGACGGAGACUCCAGCAGCAGCAGCAGUUGGCAGACGCCGCCUCUUUAUUGGAUUCUGCUCUCUUCGACGCGAACGUUUUGCGGAUGAUACACGGCAGCGGAUUGGCGCAUAUUGACUUCGGAAAGGGGCAGAUGGGGGCAGCGACAUGCACACAUAGCGACGUAGAAGCACCAACAGGACAAUGCAAGCAUUGUAGGACGAAAAGAUGA